GGAGGCCGCCCUUCGCGCGGCGUCACUUCCCGCCGCCCGCGCAGCAGCGGCGCCAUGGCGGAGCCCGGGGAGCGGCCGCCUCCCGCCGCGCCGCACGGCGGCGGCCGGAGCGACGGCGCGGAGGAGGCACAGGAAGGCGGUGCUCCGGCGGGGCCCGCCGAACCGGGCCCGCCCCCGGCCGGGUCGCCGGGCUCUGAGGAGCCCGCGGGCGACGCAAGAAAGAAAAUUGAUGUGCUGCUGAAGGCCGUGGGCGACACCCCCAUCAUGAGGACCAAGAAGUGGGCGGUGGAGCGGACCCGGACCAUCCAGGGCCUCGUGGAGUUCAUAAAGAAGUUCCUCAAGCUGAUGGCCUCCGAACAGCUGUUCAUAUAUGUAAACCAGUCUUUUGCUCCAUCUCCAGACCAAGAAGUGGGGACCCUCUAUGAGUGUUUUGGAAGUGAUGGCAAGCUUGUACUGCAUUACUGCAAAACUCAGGCAUGGGGAUGAAUGACUGGCCACACAGUUGUUCAGGUUUUCUCUUCAAAAAUGGAGAAAGGACUAGCUUAAACUCAAGCUGUAGACACACCAAAAGAGGGAUUUUUUGCAUUUCUGCCUAUGAAAAUAUUAUGCAGGUGAAUAGCAUAAGCAAAGAGCUGAUUUGGCUAUAUGAUCACAUGGCUUUUUUUCUAAUGUAGAUCGGGGGUACAGAAAAAACACCUGCACCUGCCAUGUAGAGUAGAGCCAGCAUUCUUACUGCUGACUACUUAAUUGCUGUAUCUGAAGGCAAACUAUUUCAGUUGUCUGCAGGACUGACUGGACAGCUUUGUCUAUAUGCUGUACUGAAGAAAAGAGACUUUCUAUUAAAAGUCAUGUCUGUUGUACAUGUAGCCUGGGA